CGACAGUUCUUUCCGAAUGUGAACACACAUUCGUUGUUUGUUUACUGUCAACUCUUGAAAAUUACGUAAACAAAAUUUGUAAAUGAAUUCAAUGUUCAGGUCAUCAGUUUAAGUUUUGUGCUUAAUUCCAUAGAGAGACACAGGAAAAAAAGAGAAUUCACACUACACUACAUUUACAAGGCUAGCAAAUAAAUGCGGUUAUCGUUGUAAAUGAUAAGAAACACAGACACAAAAACGAUGACAUCGUCUUUUGUUCUGUGAAACUUGUCUUUGUGAUCAAUCAAAUGAUUGAUGCAUUGUUCAUUCGGAGCAUUCAUUUCCAGUCAGUUCAGUAGUUCGUCUCACAAUGACGGCCGCUGUGUAUUCGCGUGACGAAAUUAUUCAAUUUCGAAAUUGUCGACUAAUUCGCAAUCAUCAAAUCAUUGUCGACGAUUUGUGGAUACAAAAUGGUAAAAUUAUCAAUCCAGAGCCUAUAUUCUUCGAAAAAAAAAUCUGCUCACAUCGACAAAUUGACUGCAGUGGAGCGUUAAUCGCGGCCGGGUUCAUUGACAUCCAAAUAAACGGUGGAUUCGGUAUCGAUUUCGCCAAUAACACAGCAAAUAUAGAAGAAGGCAUUGAAACGGUCGCAAAAGGUUUAUUAGCCCAUGGUGUUACAUCAUUUUGUCCAACACUAGUGACCUCGUUACCUAAAAUCUACCAUGAUAUUCUUCCACGUAUCAAAAAGACGAACGGAGGAGCAAAAGGUGCAAAUAUUCUUGGAGUUCAUUUAGAAGGGCCGUUCAUUAAUCUGGAGAAAAAAGGCGCACAUGAACCGAAAUGCAUUCGCGAUUUUGAUAAUGGAUUUUCCACUGUACUUGAAACAUAUGGAACGCUGGAUAAUGUUGCCAUAAUAACAUUAGCGCCAGAAAAAGAAAAUGCAUUGAAAGUGAUUGAAGAAUUAACUGCCAGAAAUAUUACAGUGUCUGUUGGACACUCUAUGGCCAAUUUGGAGGAAGGUGAAGCUGCCAUUAAACAUGGAUCGAAAUUGAUAACACAUCUGUUCAAUGCAAUGUUACCGUUUCAUCAUCGCGAUCCAGGUCUAGUCGGGCUAUUGACAUCUGAUCAACUUUCCGAAUCGGAAACGGUUUACUAUGGAAUCAUUGCAGAUGGAAUACAUACGCAUCCAGCGGCAUUGAGAAUCGCAUAUCGUGCCAAUAAGGAAGGUUUAAUCUUAGUAACUGAUGCCAUUUCACCUUUCGGCUUGAAAGAUGGUGAACAUCAUAUCGGCCAAAUGCGUAUACGAAUAAAAAAUGGCAUGGCUCAAAUUGCCGAAACAAACACAUUGUGCGGUAGCAUUGCUUCAAUGGAUGAAUGCAUACGGAUUUUUAAGAGAUCCACAGGUUGUUCGACUGUGUUCGCAAUUGAGGCGGCCACUUUGCACCCGGCCAAGUGUUUAGGCAUCGAGAAAUCUAAAGGAACCUUAGAUUUUGAUGCUGAUGCUGACUUUGUUAUGCUCAACGAUGACUUAAGCGUUCGAUCCACAUGGAUCGCCGGCAAUCAAGUGUAUUCUGCCACACAUUAACCAGGUACAACAAUUUUAAUGGACGAAAUAAAAUCAAAUACCAGAUUUUUGAUUGUUUUGUAUGAAUUUUAAAUAAAUAUCCGUUUUAUUUCCAUUUUUAUAAAGAAAAAGAAACAAAAAAUCUGUAGAUUUACAUCAUUGCAUCAAAAGUUGCUUAUACAAAUAAAAUAAAACGUAAUGAAUGAAAUAAAUUUAAGCUUGCUUUUUUAUUUUGGAAACAAACACAGAGUUAAACUUUUGCUUGACAUUUUGAUUUUCGUUCAUACAAGUGUUUAUUUACA